UGCCGAUAGGAGGAGACUGUUUAUCAUCUUCCGUGCUUUCACCACCAAACUGGCCCAAAACAGUGACGCCUCCUGUGCAUGUUUCUCAACAUUUUUUUGUUGACUUGUGCGUACAAUUAUACACUUUUGAUCGGCUUUACAACUCCUCCUUUUGGAUUUCAAAACAAAAGCACAAAAUCUGCGUCCCUCGACGGCCUCAUCCAUGCAUUGGAGUCCUGGGCCGCAACGCACCGGCUCCAGCCAUGGCGGCCAGGAACACCGCCGCUGGCGGCUGUGACCGAACGGAAGGCGAACCGGGAGAGAAUGUAAUUGUUGAGGAAAACCAAAUGACCUCCAUCUCUCUACCCAGUCUAAUGGCUCCAACCUCGAUGGUUGGCAUGUCCUUGGGCCUGGAAAUGCCCCGGAAACGAAAGGGCAGUGUGGACAACCAGGAAACUAAAUUGCCAUCCUUCUCAAGUGAAUAUAUGGAUGAGGACCAAAAUAGUUCUGAUGGAGAGGACCAACAUGCUAAAAUGAAAUGUUUUAGGGAACCACACAGCCAAAUUGAGAAAAGGAGACGGGACAAAAUGAACACGCUCAUUGACAAGCUGUCCGUCAUGAUUCCAACAUGUAACCCAAUGUCUCGUAAACUGGACAAACUCACUGUGCUCAGAAUGGCCGUGCAGCACCUCAAAUCCCUCAAAGGUUCCUCGAGCGCUUUUUCUGAACUCAACUGCAAGCCAUCAUUCCUGCCUGACGAGGAGCUCAAACACCUCGUCUUAAAGGCUGCGGAUGGCUUCCUGUUUGUAGUUGGCUGCGAUCGGGGGAAAAUUGUUUUUGUCUCUGAGUCCGUCUCGAAGAUAUUAAAUUAUAGUGGGGCAGAACUGAUUGGACAGAGCUUCUUUGAUUAUGUACACCCUAAAGACAUGGGAAAAGUAAAGGAGCAGCUGUCAGCGUCUGAACUGUACCCUCGUGAACGGCUAAUUGAUGCUAAAACUGGUCUUCAGGUGCAGGCAGACCUCCCAAUUGGAGCAGCACGACUAUGUUCAGGCGCACGACGCUCUUUCUUCUACCGCAUGAAAUGCAACAAAAUAUCUGUCAAAGUUGAGGAGAAAGAAUUCCAGGCUAGCACCUCCAAAAAGAAAGAGUUACAGAAGUACUGCACAGUCCAUUGCACAGGCUACAUGCGCAGCUGGCCCUCAAGUCAGCUGGAAGCAGAGGGUGAGGGUGAUGCAGAGAAGCAGGAGAGCUCCCACUUCAGCUGUCUGGUCGCCGUGGGGCGCAUCCACUCCCACUUGUCUCCUCAAGUCAAUGGAGAAUUCCGGGUCAAACCCACCGAGUUCAUCACACGGUAUGCCAUGGAUGGCAAGUUCACCUUUGUCGACCAAAGAGCAACAACCAUUCUUGGUUAUCUUCCCCAAGAGUUGCUUGGGACUUCAUGCUAUGAAUACUUCCAUCAAGAUGACUUACCACAUUUAGCUGACCGGCAUCGAAAAGUGUUGCGGAGUAAAGAGAAAAUAGAGACAAAUCGCUACAAAUUCAAAACGAAAUAUGGCUCUUUUGUCACUCUGCAAAGUCAGUGGUUUAGUUUUGUAAACCCCUGGACCAAAGAAGUUGAAUAUAUUGUGUCAACCAAUACAGUUAUAUCGCAUGACCACAGUCGAACAAUCCGGUCAGGAAACAAGACUGAACAGUCAAACCCUUCAAAGGCUUUUGGAGAAGAUAGAAAAAAAUCUCUUCCAAUUAUACCAGGCAUCUCUACCACACCUGGCGUAUAUGCUGGAAGUAUCGGGACCCAGAUUGCUAAUGAGCUGCUUGACUUCCACAGAAUGAACUCAACGCCCUCCAGUGGUAGUGUGAGCCCGUUUAGUCUGCUACAGGACAAAUCUCCACUCACAAUUCACAAUCUAGUCAACAACAAUAUGCCAAAUGGUGAAGCCACAGAAAUGGAGAUCCCAGAGAAAUCGAGCUCAGAGGGUGACCCUAAAGCGGCUUUAUUCCCUGGAGAGGAGAAACUCAUGGGGGAGAACUCCCAGUUAGAUUUGGACAGCGUGGUUGAACCGGGCUUUGGAAAUCUUACCAAUGACGAGGCAGCUAUGGCCGUGAUCAUGAGACUCUUGGAGACAGACUCGAACUUGGGCGAAGCAGAGGACUUUGAAGAUAUGCACUGGUCCUUAUAGAAUCCACACUUGAAAAGCAAGACAGUGACACCAGGUUUUUAGUUUUUAAACCAAUCGUAUGAACUGUGCAGUCCUCAAAUGGCAAUAUGCAACCGUUUUGUCGGCGAAAAGGAACAUCUGCUCUUUCUCUGGAGGAGGUCAUGCGCCAAACUCGGCCUUACAGCAGUCUGCCUGCCAUGGAAAACCUUCAUCACAUUUACCUCUUUUCCACUACGGCUGUUUCAGAGUUGGUUCGGGGUGGGUUCCAAAAGUUCCUGCAGAGAUUUUAUUUUCUGUUAUUAAGCGUGCUGAGCAAGAUAAGUUUUUUCUGAUUCUCGACUGUCUCCAAAAGCUUGUUGGGCGGAGUUACCUCCCGUCAUGGCCGGAUUUUAACCGUCCAAUUUUGCAAACAUUUUUCACUGCCAAUCACGAUGUCCGACAAACAGUGUAGUAAAUGAUGUUGAGUAUUAUUAAAAGUGAUUUUCACAGGCACAUUCUGUAAUAUUACAUUCGCUGUUACUUUGGCCAUCAAAAGCGUGCUGCCGUGCCAUAGAAGGAAUGUGCUUCCACCGCAUACACACUAGAAACUUUGCUUUUUUCUACAUUUUUUGUUUUAUUCACCCUCAUAUAACAUUUAUGUUUAUGGUUCAUAUAUUGGUGGCUGGAGAGAAAACUUAUUUGGAGCAGACCAUCACAGAGCUGUGUUACUGCGUGUUUGACCUAAUUUUACAUAACGUUUUCCGGUUUGCACUUAAUUUUUUUUUUUUUGACGCGCUCAAAGUUAUGCACGUUUCUCUUAUUCAUAUUCUCUCAUCCAGCCUCCGUACACGCCCCAAAAGUACUUAAGUUUUGAAUGAAGGCGGGCUCAUUAUUAAUGAGGCGUAUUUGCUGUGACACCUUUUUUUGGUUGCAUGAAAAUUGUAGAACAUGGAGUUUUAAAUACCAGUUUUAAAUGUCAUUUAAAUCCAUGAAAAAGAUAACACUUUAAAUUUGAAAAGACUGUAUCCAUCCAGACAGUGCUUGUCAUGUGAACGUCUGUGUCGCCGUGGUAACGUAGUGUGUGUAUGCACGCUUCAACAGCGUCUUCUACUUCCUGGCUGGUUGUGAAUAAUAAUCCAUAGAUGAAACUUUAUUUACUUAUUAUAACCAUCCUGAUGUCAUUUGUGGUGUUAAGAGUUAUGUUUCGUACAAAUGUUUGGGAAGCCGGGGGCUUGAACAGCUUGUGUGUGUGUGUGUGUGUGUGUGUGUGUGUGUGUGUGUGUGUGUGUGUGUGUGUGUGUGUGUGUGUGUGUGUGUGUGUGUGUGUGUGUGUGUGUGUGUGUGUGUGUGUGUGUGUGUGUGUGUGUGUGUGUGUGUGUGUGUGUGUGUGUGUGUGUGUGUGUGUGUGUGUGUGUGUGUGUGUGUGUGUGUGUGCGCGUGCGUGUGCGACAGUUUGAUUUUAACUGUCAAAAAAUCAAUUGAUAGAUGCCAUAUUUUAUAUGUAUUUUCUAUAAAAUAGUCACAUAGUUCAAUAAUCACAGUCUUGACG